ACGAACAGAGAGAUAUAGAGGAAUGUUUUCGCAAUCUGGUGAACAAACUGAAUAGCAAAGUGGAUCAGGAGCAUAAUAUUCUGAAGAUUUAUCAGGUCACCAUGGUUAACACAUUGAAGUGUUUAAAAUGCACACAAUCCAUGAAUGAAGACACAGUUUUCCUGGAUAUACCGCUAUCUGUUUGCUCGGCUAAUGCUGCAGAAAAUUUUGAUUCCAUGGAAAAGGGUCUUGAACAGUUUUUGAAGGAGGAAAGAAUGGAAGGUGACAACAAAUGUUAUUGUAACAACUGUGAGAUGAAGACUGAAACAUCAUCAAGAUACUAUUUUAAGCACUUGCCACAAAUCCUUACAUUUCAACUGAAACGCUUUGAAUUCGAUAAUAACUACAUGGCAUUUCAGAAACUGUUCCCCCUGGUUUGGAAUUUACAAGAUCUCAGGUAA